AUGCCAGGUCGGGAAGAAUCUGUCUUGCUGACUUUGGGUCAGCCUGUGGCCGAGAUCGUAGCCGAAUUCUCUGGGAUUCCAGGAUUGGAUCUUGGUGUAAAAUCGUUGUUCAAUAUAGUAGAGCUGUGCUAUAACGUCAGCUAUAACAAGCAGGCGGCUAAACAACUCGGGGAACGAUGUUACAAAUUGCUGAAGGGUUUGAACGAGCGGAUGCAAAGUCGUCCACAUUCCAAUCUGAAUUAUGCCUCGGAUGAGAUCGAAAGCUAUCACUGGCAGCGAGAGUUCGCUGCGAAGGUCCAAACCGACUUUGGCAACCUAGCGCAAAGGCUUGCUAGCGUCGAAAUUGACUUGAAGCAGAUCGUUACCGAUGCUCACAAUGAAAAGGCCUCCCAUGAAAUCCUACAGAGCUUCCAAAAGAUCGCCCGUCAAGUGAAAGAACCUGGCAUAAGAAGCGGUCUCUCCCAAAACUUGUCCGAUCUGUUAAGAGAUCUAGAGGAACAACUCCCAGACAUGAAUCUUCAAAGUAGCGAAAUCCGUCGUCUCAGCACAACACCUAUUUCAACCUCCCUUCGAGUGGAUGUAUACGAAGGCAUCUACCUAGAGCGUCGUAAGGUGAGUAUUAGGGAACUUCGCACGGCUACUGUCAACGACCACACACUGCGAAGAUUCGAGCGUGAAGUUAAAAUCUGGGACCAAGUGUGGAAACUCGAUCGGGGGAGGCAUAUAUUACCUUUUUAUGGUUUUUGUAUUAGCGACGGAGUUCGCCCGUGCACUAUUAGCCAAUGGCAACAGAAUGGCUCAGCAAUUUCAUACGUUAAGCUACACGACACGCAGAUCGACUACAAAGUAUUGAUCAAGGGCAUAGCGCAAGGCGUCCAAAUCCUCCAUGAAAUGAACCCGCCAAUUGUACACGGCGAUUUGAAGGGGGAAAACAUCAUGAUUAGCGACGCCGGUUCUCCUCUUAUUGCUAAUUUCGGCCUUUCAAAGAUUAUAGAAGACAUCGGUGCCGAAGUCACCUACAGUGGAAGUUUAGAUGAAUCGUACAGAUGGUUCGCCCCCGAGAUAUUUGACGGACAGCCUAUGAUGGCCACGAUGUCCGACAUCUACUCCUUGGCCAUGACAAUUUAUGAGCUCCUCACUCACUCGCGUCCAUUCUCUGACCUCAAGUUGAACCAUUCCGUGUCAACUCUCAUCGUUGAGGGUAGGAGGCCUCCACGUCCUAACUCAGCAGAGGUCGUACAAAGGGGCCUCGACGAUUCUCUAUGGGGUCUCAUAACUCAAUGUUGGCAAGGAGACCCUCUUCGCCGGCCCACAAUUUCUGAAGCCAUUACUUCCCUUGAUAAGAUAUGA